GCAACGAGCCGGCAGCACCAAGGAUCUUCCGGGGAGGGAAGGCGCAUCGCCAUGGCGGCAGCGCCGUUCUUGAAGCACUGGCGCACCACUUUCGAGCGGGUGGAGAAGUUCGUGUCCCCGAUCUACUUCACCGACUGUAACCUUCGCGGCAGGCUCUUCGGGGACAGCUGCCCAGUGACACUCUCCAGCUUCCUGACUCCCGAGAGGCUUCCCUAUGACAAGGCGGUGCAGCAGAACUUCAGCCCUGCGCAGGUCGGCGACAGCUUCGGACCCACAUGGUGGACCUGCUGGUUUCGGGUAGAACUGGUCAUCCCUGAAGUUUGGGUGGGCCAGGAAGUUCAUCUUUGCUGGGAAAGCGAUGGAGAAAGCCUUGUCUGGCGUGAUGGGGAGCCUGUCCAGGGAUUGACCAAGGAAGGUGAAAAGACCAGUUAUGUCCUGAGUGAGAGGCUGCGAGCGUCAGACCCUCGGAGCUUGACUCUCUAUGUGGAAGUUGCCUGCAAUGGGCUUCUGGGGGCCGGGAAGGGAAGCAUGAUUGCAGCCCCUGACCCAGAGAAGAUGUUCCAGCUGAGCCAGGCUAAACUGGCUGUGUUCCACCGGGAUGUCCACAAUCUCUUGGUUGACCUGGAGCUGUUGCUGGGUGUGGCCAAGGGCCUUGGGGAGGACAACCAGCGCAGCUUCCAGGCCCUGCACACAGCCAACCAGAUGGUGAACAUAUGUGACCCUGCUCGGCCUGAGACUUACCCAGCAGCCAAAGCCCUGGCCUCAAAGUUCUUUGGCCAACAUGGAGGUGAAAGCCAGCAUACCAUCCAUGCCAUGGGGCACUGUCACAUUGAUACAGCCUGGCUUUGGCCCUUCAAGGAGACUGUGAGGAAAUGUGCCCGGAGCUGGUCGACGGCUGUGAAGCUCAUGGAGCAGAACACCGAGUUUGUCUUUGCCUGCUCUCAGGCACAACAGCUUGAGUGGGUCAAGAGCCAGUACCCUGGUCUGCAUGCCCGGCUCCAGGAGUUUGCCUGCCGAGGACAGUUUGUGCCUGUGGGGGGUACCUGGGUAGAAAUGGAUGGGAACCUACCCAGUGGAGAGGCCAUGGUGAGGCAGUUCCUGCAGGGCCAGAACUUCUUUCUGCAAGAGUUUGGGAAGAUGUGCUCUGAGUUCUGGCUGCCAGACACGUUUGGCUACUCAGCACAGCUCCCCCAGAUCAUGCAAGGCUGUGGCAUCAAGCGCUUCCUGACACAGAAGCUGAGCUGGAACUUAGUCAACUCCUUCCCACACCAUACCUUUUUCUGGGAGGGGCUGGAUGGCUCCCGAGUGCUGGUCCACUUCCCACCUGGAGACUCAUAUGGAAUGCAGGGCAAUGUGGAGGAGGUGCUCAAGACUGUGACCAACAACCGGGACAAGGGGCGGACCAACCACAGUGGCUUCCUCUUCGGCUUUGGGGAUGGGGGAGGUGGCCCCACACAGACCAUGUUGGACCGAUUGAAGCGGCUGAGCAACACUGACGGGCUGCCCAGGGUGCAGCUGUCUUCUCCUGACCAGCUCUUCACAGCACUGGAGAGAGACUCAGGACAGCUGUGCACAUGGGUUGGAGAACUCUUCCUGGAACUGCACAAUGGCACCUACACUACCCACGCCCAGCUCAAGAAGGGGAACAGAGAAUGUGAGCAGAUUCUUCAUGACGUGGAGAUGCUCAGCAGCCUGGCCCUAGCCCGAAGUGCCCAGUUCCUAUACCCGGCAGCCCAGCUGGAGCACCUUUGGAGGCUCCUGCUCCUCAACCAGUUCCAUGAUGUGGUGACUGGAAGCUGCAUUCAGCUGGUGGCAGAAGAUGCCAUGAACUACUAUGAAGACAUCCGUUCUCAGGGCAACCCACUGCUCAGUGCUGCGGCCGCAGCCUUGUGUGCUGGGGAGCCAGGUCCCGAGGGCCUCCUCAUUAUCAACACGCUGCCCUGGAAGCGCACUGAAGUGUUGGCACUUCCCAAGCCUUGUGGGGCUCACAGCCUAGGCCUUGUCCCCAGCCCUGGUGACAGUGCCCAGUAUUGGCUAUGCUCCUGCUCCUACCCCUACUUCACUGCAGCCCCUCCUACCCCAGCAGCCUGUGUUUGUGAUGCAGGAGGUAAGGGGAGGGAACACUACUCACUCAGUUCAAGGACCAUCUCCUCCAAGACCAACGGUUCUGUGACUCUGGACAAUGGCAUCAUCCGGGUGAGACUGGAUCCAACUGGCUGUCUUACUUCCCUGGUCCUGGUGGCUUCCGGCAGGGAAGCCAUUGCUGAGGGAGCCCUGGGGAACCAGUUUGUGCUGUUUGACGAUGUGCCAUUGUACUGGGAUGCAUGGGAUGUCAUGGACUACCAUCUAGAGACACGGAAGCCUGUGGUGGGCCAGGCAGGGACCCUGGCAGUGGGCACUGAAGGUGGCCUCCGGGGCAGUGCCUGGUUCCUGCUACAGAUCAGCCCCAACAGUCGGCUCAGCCAGGAGGUUGUGCUAGAUGUUGGCUGCCCCUAUGUCCGCUUCCACACUGAGGUGCACUGGCACGAGGCCCACAAGUUCCUGAAGGUGGAGUUCCCUGCUCGAAUACGGAGCCCCCAGGCUACCUAUGAAAUCCAGUUUGGGCACCUCCAGAGGCCGACCCACAACAACACCUCUUGGGACUGGGCUCGCUAUGAGGUGUGGGCUCACCGCUGGAUAGAUCUGUCAGAGUGUGACUUUGGGCUGGCCCUGCUCAACAACUGCAAGUAUGGAGCAUCAGUACGAGACAACGUCCUCAGCCUCUCACUGUUGCGUGCACCUAAGGCUCCAGAUGCUACUGCCGACAUGGGGCGCCAUGAAUUCACUUAUGCUUUGAUGCCACACAAGGGUUCCUUCCAAGAAGCUGGUGUCAUCCAUGCUGCCUACAACCUCAACUUUCCCCUGCUGGCACUGCCGGCUCCAGGCCCGGCCCCUGACACCACCUGGAGUGCCUUUUCUGUAUCUUCACCAGCAGUAGUGUUGGAGACCAUCAAGCAGGCUGAGAGGUGCCAUCAGCACCGCACACUGGUUCUAAGGCUGUACGAGGCUCACGGCAGCCAUGUGGACUGCUGGCUGCAUACAUCGUUGCCUGUUCAGGAGGCCACCCUUUGUGACCUCCUGGAGCAGCGAGACCCCACUGGUCACCUGUCCCUUCAGGACAACCGUCUGAAGCUCACCUUUUCUCCCUUCCAAGUGAGAUCCCUAUUGCUUGUGCUUCAGUCUCCACCAAACUGAGUCUUGACUGGACAGCUUUGGGAGUUCGUCAUUUCCACCUCCCCAGCCUGAAGUGUCUUGUGCAAUAAAAGCUUAGAUUAGCAG